AAUAAUAAUAAAAAAAAGGAAAUAAAAACCGACUGUUUUAUGCAAUCCCUUUAUAAAGAAGCAAUGCACCAGCCAAAACCAAAACAGAAAGUCCAACAAAAAAGGAUUCAAAGAAAAAGAGUAGAAGAAGAAGAAGAAGAGAAGAAGAAUGAAGCUUACACAUACCUUCUCGUUUCUUUUCUUUCUUCUUCUUCUUGCCCACACGAGCUCGAAACCCACUCUUGCUUCUAAAGAUUCGUCUUCAUAUGUGGUGUACUUUGGAGCUCACUCUCAUGUCGGAGAGAUAACUGAAGAUGCCAUGGAUCGCGUCAAAGAAACCCACUACGACUUUCUUGGUAUCUUCAUUGGAAGCCGUGAGAUUGCCACAGACGCCAUUUUCUACUCAUACACAAAGCACAUCAACGGAUUCGCUGCUCAUCUCGACCAUGACCUCGCAUAUGCAAUCUCCAAACAUCCGGAAGUUGUGUCUGUAUUCCCAAACAAAGCCUUGAAGCUUCACACGACUCGAUCAUGGGACUUCUUGGGUUUGGAACAUAACUCUUACGUUCCUUCCUCUUCCAUUUGGAGAAAGGCUAGAUUCGGAGAAGAUACCAUUAUCGCAAAUCUCGAUACGGGUGUGUGGCCAGAAUCAAAGAGCUUUAGAGAUGAAGGCUUGGGACCAAUUCCUUCAAGAUGGAAGGGAAUAUGUCAAAACCAAAAAGAUGCCACUUUCCAUUGCAAUAGGAAACUGAUCGGAGCAAGGUACUUUCACAAGGGCUACGCAGCCGCCGUAGGACCUCUAAACUCAAGCUUCGAGUCUCCCCGUGAUCUCGACGGUCAUGGCUCUCACACUCUCUCCACCGCCGCCGGAGAUUUCGUCCCUGGAGUCAGCAUCUUUGGCCAAGGCAACGGCACGGCCAAAGGUGGCUCUCCUCGGGCCAGAGUAGCCGCAUACAAAGUCUGUUGGCCGCCAGUCAAAGGCAAUGAGUGCUACGACGCUGACGUCAUGGCCGCUUUCGACGCUGCCAUACACGACGGAGCUGACGUCAUCUCUGUCUCUCUAGGCGGCGAGCCUACCUCGUUUUUUAACGAUAGUGUCGCUAUUGGUUCGUUUCACGCUGCUAAGAAGCGGAUCGUGGUUGUUUGCUCUGCCGGAAACUCUGGACCGGCGGAUAGUACGGUUUCCAACGUCGCACCGUGGCAGAUCACCGUUGGAGCUAGCACCAUGGACCGUGAGUUUGCUAGCAAUCUUGUUCUUGGUAAUGGAAAACAUUACAAGGGACAAAGCUUGUCAUCCACAGCAUUGCCACAUGCUGAGUUCUAUCCAAUUAUGGCAUCUGUAAAUGCAAAAGCUAAGAACGCCUCAGCUUUGGAUGCACAAUUGUGCAAACUUGGAUCGCUUGACCCUAUAAAGGCAAAGGGGAAGAUAUUAGUGUGUCUCAGAGGACAGAACCCGAGGGUGGAAAAGGGUCGGGUGGUGGCUUUAGCUGGUGGCGUAGGGAUGGUUCUUGAGAAUACUAAUGUCACCGGGAAUGAUCUAACCGCUGAUCCGCAUGUCCUCCCAGCCACACAGCUCACUUCUAAGGAUGGUUUUGCUGUGUCAAGAUAUAUCAGCCAAACCAAGAAGCCGAUUGCGCACAUUACUCCUUCUAGGACAGAUUUAGGAUUAAAACCAGCGCCUGUAAUGGCUUCAUUUUCUUCUAAGGGUCCAAGCACAGUGGCUCCUCAGAUUCUGAAGCCUGACAUAACUGCUCCUGGUGUGAGUGUGAUCGCUGCCUACACUGCCGCAGUAUCUCCAACAGACCAACAGUUUGAUCCUCGACGACUUCUGUUCAAUGCUAUUUCAGGAACCUCCAUGUCUUGUCCUCAUAUCUCUGGCAUUGCCGGCCUUCUCAAAACCCGUUAUCCUUCUUGGAGCCCCGCAGCUAUCCGCUCUGCCAUCAUGACUACCGCAACAACAAUGGAUGACAUUCCUGGACCUAUCCAAAAUGCAACCAGCAUGAAGGCAACGCCUUUCAGUUUCGGGGCAGGACACGUCCAACCAAAUUUAGCUGUAAAUCCCGGUCUCAUAUACGAUUUAGGCAUCAAGGAUUACCUCAACUUCUUAUGCUCACUUAGAUACAACGCAUCACAGAUCUCUGUCUUCUCGGGAAAUAACUUUACUUGUUCAAGCCACAAAACCAGUCUUGUUAACCUCAACUAUCCUUCCAUCACAGUUCCAAACUUGUCAUCAAACAAAGUCACCGUCUCAAGGACCGUUAAAAACGUUGGACGACCUUCGACUUAUACUGUCCGGGUGGCUAACCCACAAGGUGUUUAUGUCACGGUGAAGCCCACGAGCUUGAAUUUUACCAAAGUUGGAGAGCAAAAGACGUUUAAAGUGAUCCUUGUGAAAAGUAAGGGAAAUGUGGCUAAGGGCUAUGUGUUUGGAGAAUUGGUUUGGUCAGACAAGAAGCAUCGUGUGAGAAGUCCCAUUGUGGUGAAGCUCUAAAUUUGAUUUUUAGUGCCAAUGAUGAUAUUUGUUUUACGAAAUUUAGUUGCCUAUGUUUCAAUUUAAGGCUUACAAAGAAUGGUGUAAUGUUGUGCUGAUCAUAUAAAAUAAUAACUAGACUAUCACCCGUGGUACAACCAA